GCGGGGUCGGAGCGUACCGGUAGUUCUGUAGUUGCUAGUUGCUUGUACUGAUACUGUAUUGCUGUAUUAAUAAGUACCGAACCGUAUAAAUUCAUUUGUUUAUAUCCAGUCUUUGUAGCAAUCUGAUGAAAGUUUCUCCAAGUUAGAGUCCAACGCCCGAUUAAUGAAUACCGGUACAACUUUUUGGAUUAAUUUGAUUAACUUAGUGUAUACCGGUACAGGAUUAUGACGAUCAUCCAAGAACCAAUCAAGGCUGCCAUAUGGCACUCUCUCAACCAUUAUGCCUUUGCCGAUGCAAUCUUUCUGGCAGAACGACUAUUUGCUGAAGUUGCAUCAAGUGAUUCGCUCUUCUUGUUGGCGACUGCUUAUUACAGAUCAGGAAAACCUAAAAUAACACAAAUGCUACUUGAUAAACAUGGGAUGACGAUGCCUGAAUGCAAGUUACUUUAUGCACAAUGUGCAUGGGAAUUGGAAGAGUAUGCCAAGGUAGAACAAAUUUUCGGACUUAAUUUUUCACCAAGACAAUUGAAUGGAUCGCAAUAUAUCACCAAUAUUAUCAAUGAUAUUCAUUCUGAAUUUGGUGAAUCAUCAUGUUUUGCUCUCAGUUUACUCGGAAGAACUUAUCUUCGAACAGAACGACCUGAUCUUGCUGAACAUUGUUUACUCGCAAGUUUGAAACAAAAUCCUUUUUUAUGGGUGCCAUUCGAAAAGAUGUGUCAAGCUGGCAAAAGACCGAAUCCGAAUGAAAUAUUCAAUGUGGAUAAUUUUAUUGCUUUUCGUUCACAAUUUCCUGUGUUUCAGACCUCAGGCAUAAAUUCGCAACAGCAACGUGUUUCUCAACCAAGAAGAAAAUCAUUAUCGAAAGAUUUAGAAUUGGAAAAUAAUGCCCCUGAUCCAACUAGCAUACUACGCUCGAAACAAUUACAGAAUCGCAACUACCUCUCCGAACAACAGCAAACCGCUCCAGUUCCAAUGUCAGUAACUCCAUCCUCAGUGUUUUCUAUGAAAUCUGGGUUUCCAACAGCAGUCGGCAAAUCACAGACACCAAUUCAUUCAACAAAACUGGCUCCAACUUCUCAUCUUCAUGCAGAACAUAUGGUAACACCACCUCCCACACGGGUUGACUUUGCAGGAAUAAUAAGUACCAGCGGGAGUUUAAAACCAUUGCCCUCAUCAACUACUUCACAAAAAGAUCAAACCAUUGCCACACCAGGAGGAGAAUUCUUUAGGUCAACUCCUGCUGGUGAUCAUAGAAGUGACUGGGAUAGUUCCAUUGAUUCUAUAACAUCAGGUAUAAGCAAUCAAACACUUCGUAGAUCAACUAGAACACAACAAAGAAUAGGUAGAGGAUUGAUCAGUGGUCCAACUACACUUAGUCCACUGACACCAAGCUUUGGUAUCUUGCCACUAGCAGACACACCGAGUCCCGUAUUGGAUCGUGGAGUCUCAAUGGUGACACCAGCCGAUAUAAUUCAACAACAAGAGUUUGCAGCUCCGCUAAAAAAGAUGAUCACAAGACAGUCACGAAAACCUCAUUCGACAGACCAGAGUUCCAACAACGCUGCUGGAAAACUUAAUUUUACCUCUGAAAAUACUCCUAGAUUAACUUCACAUAAUAACACAAACACCUCAAAUCAAUCUUCUACUCCGUCCAAUCAGCAAUCCAUGCCAGUACGAAGAAGUACAAGAAUAUUUGCGAAUGCUGGAAACUCUAUUAAGGAAAAUAACAGAAAUGCUGGAAAACAAAAAUUUAACCAACCCAAAGCUUCAAUGAAACGAAAUACAAGAACAAGGCAGUCAACUACAAAAUCUGCCAGGGAUUUGUCAGAAGAAAUUAGCAAAGCUGAUAUUCUUUCUCACGAAAAACAAAAUCUACAAAAUAUUGCAGGAAAUAUCAAUAACCAAUCACAAAUGCUGUCGUCACAGAGAUGUGCAGUCGAAGGACUGAUGACACUUCUGAGAGACAUAGGACAUGGAUAUCUUGCACUUUGUCAAUAUAAAUGUAAAGAUGCGAUAAAUAUAUUUAAUAGUUUAUCUCCGCAUCAGCGUAAUACAGGAUGGGUUUUAUCAGCUUUGGGAAGAGCUCAUUUUGAACUUACAGAAUAUAAUGAGGCAGCUAAUAUAUUCCAAGAACUUCGAACAAUCGUCCCUCACCAUCUACAAGGAUUAGAAAUAUAUAGUACGACUUUAUGGCAUCUACAAAAAGAAGUCGAAUUGUCAAGACUUGCUCGCGAUAUGAAAGAAUUGGAUAAAUUAUGUUCAGAGACUUGGUGUGCCAUUGGAAAUUGUUUCUCAUUGCAACGAGAUCAUUCGUCGGCUGUUAAUUUCUUUCAUCGGGCGAUACAACUCGAUGCCCAAUCUUCAUACGCUUACACAUUACUUGGCCAUGAAAUGGGAUUAAUUGAAGAUUUAGAUGGUGCAUUGACUUGUUAUAGAAAUGCUGUCAAAUGGAAUCCAAGACAUUAUAAUGCAUGGUAUGGUAUCGGCACAAUAUAUUAUAAGCAGGAAAAAUUCAAGAUUGCUGAAAUACACUUCAGAAAAGCGUUUGCGAUUAAUCCACAAAAUUCAGUAUUAUUGUGUCAUAUUGGUAUUGUUCAACACGCUUUAAAGCAAACGACAUCAGCGAUUCGCACUCUCGAUACAGCUGUUGAAAUGGAACCUCGUAAUCCACUAUGCAAAUUUCAUAGAGCAAAUGUUUUAUUCGCAGCAGAGAGAUAUGAAGAUGCAGCUCGAGAAUUAAAAGAAUUGAAGGAAAUGGUUCCAAAAGAAAGUUUAGUUCAUUUCUUAUUGGGAAAAGUUUAUAAAAAAUUAAAACAGAAUCAUUUAGCUGUGAUAAGUUUUUCAUGGGCGAUGGAUCUUGAUCCGAAAGGCGCAAAUAAUCAAAUAAAGGAAGCUAUCGAUAAACAGCAUUUACCUGAUGAUGAAGAAGAUGAUAUGUCGGAAAGAGAAGACACAGCAACAGAUGGUAGCGUACUUGAACCAAGUUUAUUGGAACAUUCUCCUACAGAUAUGAAUGCUAAUUCUGACAUAUUUGGACGUGGAGGUCUAUUUCAGGAGACCACAAUUCGCAAUGAUUUCCAAGACAGGAGGCGGAAUCAUGAUAAUGCAGCAGCACAUCAAGACAGUGACAGUGAGAGUUUGUAAAAUAGGAAAUAAUUUUGGUCGCGUAUAUAUAUUUUUGCCUCAAAUUAGUUUUUAUCAUAGUGAAAAGUAUAAAAACAGCUGUAUUGUGUGUAUUAGUAGGUUGAUCAUUGCAAUUUUAUCGAUAACAAUUGGAAUUCUUGUAUUUUGUAUGUGGUUAUAAGACUACAGAGGGACUGGUGUGACGCUACACAUUUACAAUAUGAUCUGGCACUGGUAAAACAUAAUCGAUUGAAAAAAAGAUAGAUGAAUUGAUAAAUUUAUAUGUCGCACAUUUUGAGAAAUGAUCAAUUUAUGGCCUUUUUAUUGUUCAAAAUACUCGAUAAGAUGUUUGAUGAAUUUUUGUGGUUAUUUAAAAGCUGGCUUAAUAUAUUAUUUUGUAUCUGUG